AUGUAUCAAAGACAACGUAAAAAUCAAGAUCAUAUUGGCAACAAUGAUGAUUUCAAUUCAAAUUCAUCUAUUAGUAAUCUGAAUAAUAGCCAAACUUAUAACGGAAAUGGUAACAAUCAGAAUUAUAAUGGUCAUUCAAAUAAUCACUACCAUCAUCAUAGUAACGGGAAUCUGAAUAAUAAUACUAGAACCAAUAUUUCUGAAAAUAAAAAUGGCAAACAAUAUUCAAUGGAAGAAGUAUUUCAAGUAUGGUAUGAUAACAAAGAUAAAAUAUUGAAUACUGAAAUUAAGUCUAACGGGAAUGAAAAUUAUAAAUGGCCCAAACCUGAACCAAUUUAUCAUUUGACUUUACAAGAAUUAAAUCAAAAAGAUGAAGUAGUACAACAACCAAAAACCGAUGACUUACAACAACAAUCUCAAUCAGAAUUUAGCCAACAGCAAGAAAUUUUGGGCCAACAAGAUGUGAAUCAAUCAUCAACUGAACCAGUAGAUCAAUCAUUUCUAGCUGAUAAACUAAGUGGAACAUUUGAUAAAAUAAAUCUUGGAUCUGGAGUUAAUGAUAGUUUAAGUUCAUUCACAACACCAUCAAAUAUCAAUUUGGAUCUUAAUAGAACUUCAAGCUAUCAUGGUGGUUUUGGAACGGCAAAUUCAACUGUUUCAAAAGAAGUUCAACCUGCAUUAUCACCUCCUGUUUCAUUAAUUACACCUGACAAACUUCAAUGGCUCUAUAUUGACCCUUCAGGAAAUGAACAAGGUCCUUUUAAUGGAGAUAUGAUGCAAGAAUGGUUUACUGGAGGUUAUUUAGAUCUUGAACUUAGAAUAAGAAGAAAUGAUGAGCAAGAGUUUAAAACGUUAAAGAAUUUGUGUGAGACUGUUCAAAAUUACAUACAACCAUUUAAAGUACCAUUACCUGAUUUAAGUCAAAAGAAAGAAUCAAGUGAUUUUGGAUUUAGCGGAAGUGCUACAAAUCAACCGUUUGGUUUUGAAAAUGGAAGUUCAAUUAGAUUACCUUCAUCAAAUAUUCAACUGUCAAUUUUUGCAAAUGACUUUGUUAAUUCUCCAAUCAAUGAUGCGUUUUCAUCAACAAAUUUCAAUCAACCAAUUAACAGCUUAAAUAAUGGUUUCCCGAAUGGAUCAAAUUUUGCAGGAAUGGAGAAUUUCAACCAAUCUACUCCAUCUGCAAAUGUAAAUGAUUCAUUUAGUCAAAAUUUUAAUUUGACAUCAAUGCCAACUUUAUUACAACAACAAAUUCAACAGCAACAAAAACCGUUAUUAUCAAGACACAAUAGUGGAUGGGGCAUUGACACUUCUUCACAAUUAAAUCAACAAAUGUCUGGACCCGCAUCAGGAUCAACAGCUCCAUUCAUGAAUAAUCAUAAUGUUGGUACUUCUCAAAUGAAUCAACCAAAUCCAGUUUCUCCAUGGGUCAGCGCUGGAGUUAUGGGACAAUCUGUAUCAAGAAUCAACUCACCUUUUAUGGCAGGCACAAAUGUCAAUCAAUCAUUUGGAAACAACAGUACUAUUUCAGCUCAAAGACAUGAAUCAAUUAAUGAUCAUGAGGAAGAUGAUCAAAGUAAUGCAGUUAUGAAUUCUGUGGUGACCGAUAUUUUACAAGAUGAUCUUGAUAAUGUCAAAACUGGAACUGAACCUCAACAACAAAAUACUACAUUACCUUCCCAAUUUCGAGAAACAUCAACUGCGGUUUCAAAUCAAGCUAAAGACAUUGAUCAGUCUCAACCACCACAAGCACAAGAAAAAGAAGAGGAAGAAGAGAUUGCUGCACCACCUACAAGAUCAGUUGAUUUAAAACCUUCCAAACCUCAAGCAUUAGCACCAUGGGCGACAAAACCAAAAGUUGAAGAAGUUAAAAAACCAAGUUUAUCAUUAAAAGAAAUCCAAAAAGUUGAAUCUGAAAAAAUGUCACAACAAAAGAAAAUUCAAAAUAAACUUAAAUUAGAACAAUCUACAAAAGAAUGGGCAGCUACCGCUGCUGCUGAAAAAGCUGCUGCUGAUCAAGAAUUAAAACAAAAAUCUCAAUUACCUGCAACUUGGGGUACAACAAAUGAAAAACCAACAGUUGUUAAAUCAUUAGCUGAAAUUCAAAAAGAGGAAGCCGAAUUAGCAAAAGCUAAAAAUGCAGCUGCAAUUGCUGCUGCUGCCGCUGCUUCCCAACAAAAUUCAAACCUUGGAGGUAUUUCAGGUUAUGGAAAUAGUAUAUCAUUUGCCAGUGCAUUAGCUAAUUCAGUUCCAAAAGAAGAAGCUACAGCUUGGACUACAGUCACCUCAAAGAAACAACCACCACCAAAGAAACCAACUACCACCAACACAACAUCAAAUAUUCCAACAACCAAAAUUACACCACAAUUAUUACGUAGCGUUUCAGCAACAAAAACAAAUACAUCAACUAUCAAUACACAAGCUAUUAGAGAAGAAUUUUUAAUUUGGGCAAGAUCACAAAUGACAAAUCUUUAUCCAUCAGUUUCCAAGAAUGAUUUAUUAGAAAUGUUUAUUACAUUACCAUCAAAUUCAUCAGAUACUCAACAAUUAAUAUCAGAAACUAUUUAUUCUUCAAGUGCAACAAUGGAUGGUAGAAGAUUUGCUCAAGAAUUUGUUAAAAGAAAAUCAAGAGCUGAUCAACAAUUAGGUGGUGAAGCUUCAAGAGAUUUAAUGAGUUGGUCAUCUGCUAUUAUCUCAAGUGCUGAUAAGAUUCAAACAGUUGAUGAAGAUGGUUGGAGUACAAGUGUUAAACAAAAAAAGACCAAAAACACUUCAACUGUAGGAACAAAGAGAUAA